AGAGGAGAAGAAAUCAAAAGUGAAACUAGUGCCAAAGGGGUGGUCCCUUCCAACUGCUGAUUGAGAGGAGAAGCCAUUAUCCAUUUGUCACAGUGCAUAUCACGGCUCUUUCAGACUGCAGCUGGAGUCUUGGUUCAGAUCCAAAUCCUGAUGUGAAAUGAGUACAGAGUUCCUCAAGCUGCUUUUUGAAGUUUCUGAGGCUUUGGUCACACCGGAACUGGCAGCUCUUAAAUUCCUCAGCCUGGAGCAUGUCCCCAGGAGGAAGCUGGAAGGCAUCCAGGAGCCCAAGGCCUUCUUUGAAGUGCUGCAGGAGAAAGACCUGAUCGGGCCGGGGAACCUGUCCUUCCUGAAGGAGCUGCUCUACCGGAUCAGCCGGAUCGACCUCCUGACUGCCCACCUGGGCUCCGGCCGGGAGGAGAUGAGCAGGGAGCUGCAGCUCCCGGGCAGGGCACAGGUGUCAGCUUACAGGCAACUGCUGUAUGGAAUUGCAGAGGAGUUGGCUCCAGAAGAAGUCGCAAGUGUGAAGUUCCUGCUCCACAAACAAGUACCAAAGAACAAGCUCCAGGAAAACGCUUCAAUGUUGCAGAUCUUUCUGGAAAUGGAAAUAAAGGAGAUAAUUAAAGAAGAUAACCUGACAAUUCUAAAAGAUCUACUCCAGAGUGUUAGACCUGACUUAAAGAAAAGAAUUGAUACCUAUGAAGAAAAGAAAAAAGAAAAUUAUUCCAGGGAAGAAGUCCGCUAUCCUGUGCCUGUGCAUCCAGAGGAACAAGGAGCAGAGGGGGGUGCAGCAAAACAGCAUGGGAAAAUAUACAAUAUGAAAAAUAACCCCCAUGGUUACUGUUUAAUUCUUAACAACUACAUUUUUAAAAAUCCCAGUAACAAUAGAGAGGGAACAUUGCAAGAUGGAGAGGCUGUGAAGAGGGUCUUUAAGUGGCUUCAGUUUGAAACAGUUGAGUACAUGAAUCUAGAAGGAAAAAAAAUGCGUGACACAGUUAAAGAGUACGGCAAAAAAAAUCAUAGAAAUAUGGACUGUUUUGUUUGCUUCAUUUUCUCCCAUGGCGAAAAAGGCAAAAUAAAAGGUGUUGAUGAUGAGUGCGUAGAUAUUGACGAUUUAAUCUCCUACUUCACUGGAACUAAUUGUCCUUCUCUUGCUGGCAAACCCAAGGUGUUUUUCAUCCAGGCUUGCCAAGGCUGUAUCCAUCAUCCAUCUGUUACAGUAGAAUCAGACUCUUCUGGAUCUCUUGAGGUGGAUGCUAGACCUUCAACUUCCAUUCCUGACAGGGCUGAUUUUCUGAUUGGCAUGUCUACAGUGGAGGACUGCUUGUCCUUCCGCUGCCCUAAGACUGGCACUGUUUACAUUCAAUCCCUCUGUAAGAAGAUGGAGUUGCUUUGUCCACACCGGGUGGAUCUCACAACCAUCCUGACAGAAGUGAACCAUGAAGUGGCAGGAAGAGAAUUAGCAGGAUCUAAGCAGAUGCCAAAGAUAACAUCAACACUGCUGAAGAAAUUGAUCUUUGAAGUUCCACAGUGAAAAACAGCAGAAGCACUGCCACCAGAAAGUGGAGCCACAAGUCUGGUGGGAAAGAAGAGCUGGUGCUGCACCAGGAGGUGGAGUGGAGGCGCUGCAGCAUCCCAGAGCCCUACACGUCGGCGCAGUGCCUGCUCCUGUUGCAGAAAUGCCUUGAGCAGAUGUGGGACGGGUGGGAAGGGAGCUGUUGUCCGUGGCUGGUGGCUGCUGUGGCCGAACGCCUGCAGGGAGCGUGCUGCCUCUCCUGCCAGCAGCCCGAAGGCUCGCAAGGAGGAAGGCCGAUCGGCGGUGUUAUACAAGCUUCCUUCUCCUUGGAUUGAAAUCCCAGUGGUUUGUCAGAGGCGGCUGCAGGAAAAGCCCGGGCAGAGAGAGACCCUUGCAUCCGCACCAGCACGUUGGGUUUGCUCAAGAAUGGCACAAGAGCAGUCGGAACCUGCCCAGCCGUGGCCCUACACACAGCACUCCCCGGGCCUGCGGCGUUCCGCUGCGGAAGGGCCGGUCCAGAGGGAAGCACCGCCCCGGCCGGGGCCCGCCCUCCGCUCUCCGCCCUCCGCUCUCCGCCCUCCGCUCUCCGCUCUCCGCCCUCCGCUCUCCGCUCUCCGCCCUCCGCUCUCCGCUCUCCGCCCUCCGCCCUCCGCUCUCCGCUCUCCGCUCUCCGCCCUCCGCCCUCCGCCCUCCGCCCUCCGGCCUGGCGGCUGCGGCGCGGCCAUGGAGCUGCCCCGGGGGCGGCUGCUGGCGGUCAGCAACGAGCUGGACGAGGCCGAGCUGGCAGCGCUGAAGUUCCUCAGCCAGGACCACGUCCCCAGGAGGAGGCUGGAAGCCGUCCGGAGCCCGCACGACUUGUUCGAGGCGCUAGAGGAGAUGGGCGUGCUGGAGGCGGGGAACGCGGCCUUCCUGAGGGAGCUGCUCUACCGCAUCGGGCGCAUCGACCUCCUGGUGGCGCACCUGGGCUCCGGCCGCGGGCAGGUGGAGCGCGAGCUGCGCGCGCCGGGCGGGGCGCGGCUGCCGCCCCUCAGAUGCCUGCUCUUUCAGCUAGCCGAAGAUACCACUGAAGAUGAGCUGAUGUCUUUCAAGUUACAUUUGAUCAAAGAAUUACCAAAAAGCAAGCUCACCCGUGAGACUACCAUGCUUGACAUUCUCACUGAGAUGGAGAAGAAGGGCCUGCUGGGGAAAGACAACCUAAGCAUGCUGAAGAGUCUCUGUGAAAAAGUUAACAUCAGCCUGUGGAACAGAAUUGAAGAUGGAUUAAACCUGUUUGGCCAAGAAGAGAUGCUCAUCACAGAGGAAGAGAGGAGCAGCAGAGGAUGCCCUGAGGGACACCUGGUGUCAUCUGUAGCACCUGAUCCUCUUGGCAGUUUUAAUGACUCUUCCCAGCUGCUUGAAGCUUACAAAAUGACCAGCCGACCCUGUGGAGUGUGCCUGAUCCUGAAUAAUCACAAUUUUGCAAAAGCUAGGGAAGAAGUGCUGGAACACAAACACAUGAAGGAUCGGAAUGGGACAGAGGUGGAUGCAGUGGCUCUGAAGAAUGUCUUUAGCAAGCUUCAUUUUAGAGUAGAAGAACGUAAAGACCUCACUGCAGAAGGAAUGCGUGAGACUGUGAAGAGCUUCCAGAAUGAAGACCAUGAGGACAAGGACUGUUUUGUUUGCUGUAUCCUGUCUCAUGGGAAAAAAGGCAUUAUAUAUGGUGUUGAUGGGCAGGAAGUACCUAUCCGGGAGCUGACCACUUCUUUCACCGCACAGAAUUGCAAUUCACUGGCUGGAAAGCCAAAAGUUUUUUUUAUUCAGGCCUGCCAAGGUGAUGCUUUGCAUCAGGGUGUGACCAUUGAAACAGAUUCUGGAGAGCAAGAUUCUUCUGUGGAGCAAGAUGCGAGGUUUCAGCUCGACUGCAUCCCUGCAGAGCCAGACUUCCUCCUGGGCAUGGCCACCCUGCAGGAUUAUGUCUCCUACAGAAGUACCAGGAAGGGAACCUGGUACAUCCAGGCACUGUGCCAGCACUUGGAGUACAGCUGUCCUCGAGGGGAAGACGUUCUCACCAUCCUGACAGCGGUCAAUGAAGAAGUGAGCAGAAAAACCUGUGACCAGGGCGCAAAGAAGCAGAUGCCACAGCCCAGUUUCACCCUGACAAAGAGGCUCAUCUUUCCUGUCAGCUGAUUGGGAGGGGACUGCAUGGCAGAGAGCUGCUGCAGCCUGGAAUUGGCUGCUUUCAGCUCAGAAUUCAGUCAAACACAACAGACCACCAGUGCCUGCUCUUAGCAGAAGAGCAGGUAUCUUUAAUUGAAAAUACAACUGAGGAGAAAAAGCCUUAAGAAAUUUGUAUUAGUACGUUAAUUUUUUAUUAACACUUUAUACUUGACAGCAUCAAAGAUGGUGUCUGAUUUAUUUAGCUGACACCUCUCUGGUUUUCUGGCUAAAAUACACUUUGUGUCCUCUUAUCAACUGUACCACAUUGCUAUUGCUUUUAUAAGGUAUCUUUAUAAGACAGCCAUUUUAAACCUUGUGUAUUUUUUGCCUAAUCUUUGCAAAAUAAAGGGAGGAGUGCUGUAGAUUUUAUAGGACA